AAUUUGAUCUACGUCCACCACCACCACCUCUCCUCCCCACCAACCACCACCAUGUCCUCAACACAAGAACCCCCCGACGACGACGACGACGCAGUCCACCUAUCCCUUCCGCUCACCUACCAACAAACCCUCAUCGACGAGCUCAUCGGCGAAGAUGCGCUCGUCAUCCUCGCCCGCGGCCUCGCGAUGCCGCAGAUCGUCACGAACCUGAUCCACGCGUUCAACGCGGCAGGGAGUAACCUCGUCAUCGUCAUCGGCGCGCGCGAUCGUGAUUUAGAAUGGCUCGGGACCGGACUUGCCGAGCUGGAUUCGCAACGCCGAGGAAAACAGCGCAGCAGCAGCAGGUCGGGGUUGACGAUCGUCAAGACUGAUGCGCAGUCGACAAUCACCUCGCGCGAGCUGAUGUACAGCGAAGGCGGAGUGUUUGCGAUUACCUCGCGGAUUCUGAUUGUUGAUAUCUUGUCGGAUAAUAUCCCAGUCGACAAGAUCUCCGGGAUUGUGGUGUUGAAUGCCGAGCGCGUGACGCCGACGUCGAUGGAGGCGUUCAUUAUUCGCGCGUACAGAGAGAAGAAUAAGAAUGGGUUCAUCAAUGCGUUUUCGGACGUUCCCGAGGCGUUUACGAGGGGAUUCGCGCCGUUGACGAAGUUUAUGAAGACUCUUUUUGUUAAGAAGGCUUCGAUCUGGCCUAGAUUCCACAUGCAAGUAGCAGAAAGCCUCGAGACCGGCGCCGCGCACCACCGCCGUCGGAAAGACGUGGUGGAGAUCGAAGUCGCGCUGACGCCGUACAUGCGCGAGAUCCAGACCUCGAUCCUCGAAUGCAUCGAGCUCUGUAUCCGCGAACUGCGCAAGUUCACAAACAAGUACCUCGACCUCGAGGACGACGAGUGGACGGUCGAGAACGCGAUCCAGGAGAGCUUUUUGGGUAGGUUGAAUGCGCAGCUGAGUCCGGUUCGACACAGGCUUAGUCAUAGGACGAAAGUCGUGUUGAACGAUCUUAGGACGCUGAGAGAGUUGCUGGCGAUGCUGAUCUCGACGGAUUGCGUCACGUUCUGGAAGUAUUUGGAUUCGGUGGUGUCGAAUAGCGCAGCGGAGAUGGGCCAGUCAAAGUCGAGCACGACGUACUGGCUUUAUUCGGACCCGGCUAAUGUGAUUGUCGAGCGCGCGAAAAGGCGGGUGUACAUGCACGACCAGAAGAAAGCCAGCGAGACCACCGAAUCUGCACCAGCGACAUGGCUGCCAAAGGGAAUCUCGCUCGUGCUGGAAGAGCAGCCAAAGUGGGAGCAGCUAGGCCAGAUCCUGGACGAGAUCACGACGGAGCUGUUUGCGAGCCCGCACGCAGGCCAGGCGGGGAAUACGUUGAUCAUGUGCUCGGAGUAUCGGACGAUGACGCAGGUCUCGCGGUAUCUUUCGUCACGAGCAAAGUGGUCGCAGCAGCAGGUGGAGGAAGCAGAGGAAGAAGGAGCGGCGAGGACGAUGCUGGAGAGGGAGUUUAGACGGUACCUUGACUGGAAGAGAGGUAUUACUGACUUUCAUCGGUUCCAGCGACAGCAGCAGGAGCAAGAGAAGCAGCAGACACCGCAGCCAUCGUCACGAGAGAGUAACAACACCAACGAGUUUAGAGGCCGGCCUCCGCCAAAUAAAAGACGGAGGACAAGAGGUGGGUCUGCGGUUGCGAGCGCGACGUCGAGGAAUGUUAAUGGUCCUAUGGCGGCGAUUGCUGUUGAUCCCGAGGCAGAUGACGUGCGGUUGCUCACUACUUCUGUUAAUGGGACGGAGGAGGAGGAGGAGGAGGAGGAGGAGGAAGAUGAGUUUGAGAUUGGCGAGCAGGUAAGUGGGGAUUAUUACGGCCUGCUGGACAGCAACGACGCAAUCACGGUGCAUGUGUACGACGAGGAUCUGGACGACGCGCUACUGGAAGAGUUGAGUCCGCGAUAUAUAAUCAUGUACGAGCCCGAUCCAGCGUUUAUCAGACGGAUCGAGGUCUACAGAGCGGUCAAUCGGGAUCGGGAGUUGAAGGUGUAUUUUAUGUACUAUGGAGACUCUGUUGAGGAGCAGCGGUAUUUGAGCGCGGUUAGACGGGAGAAGGAUGCUUUUUCAAAGAUUAUACGGGAGCGAGGGAGCAUGGCGAUGGUUCUUUCGACGGACGUGGACAAGCUGGCAUCACCCGAAGAAGCAUUCCUAAGCCGGAUCAACACGCGGAUAGCAGGCGGCGGCCGGAUCGACGUGAGCAGCGUGCAACCGCGAGUGAUUGUCGACAUGCGCGAGUUCCGAUCAUCUCUACCGUCGCUUCUGCACGCGCGGCAGAUGAAGCUGAUUCCGGCGAUGCUGUCGGUGGGCGAUUACAUUAUCGCGCGGGAUAUCUGCGUGGAGCGCAAGUCGUUGCCUGAUCUGGCGGGGUCGUUUAAAGAUGGGAGGUUGUAUGCGCAGACGGAGAGUAUGAGCGCGCAUUAUAGGAUUGUGGUGCUGUUGAUUGAGUUUGAGGAGGGCAAGAGUUUUUCGCUGGAUGAGUACGAGACCGGGACGCUUGCGAAGGCGCUUGGGGGGGCUGCAGUUGGAGGGGGAGGGGGAGGGGGAGGGGGAGGAGGAGGAGGAGGAGGAGCAGGACCACGGGGGAUCAAUUCAUCUACGGACCGAGUGGAGACGACAGCGGAUUUUGAAAACACGACCGAGUUGCACGCGCAGCUGGUGAUGCUGGUGAUUGCGUUCCCGAACCUGCGGAUAGUCUGGUCCUCAAGCCCAUUCCAGACCGCCGAGAUCUUCGCCGAGCUGAAACGCGGGCACGAGGAACCCGAUCUGAGAGCGGCGGUUGAGGCAGGGACGGACCGGGGCGAGGUGCAGAUUGUGAAUCAGUCGGCGGUGAAGAUGCUGCGGGCGCUGCCGGGGGUGAACGCGCAGAAUUACAGGGCGCUGAUGGUCGAUGUGACGAAUGUGAAGGAGCUGUGCGGGAUGAGCGAGCGGCAGAUUGCGCGGACGGUGGGCGAGGAGCCUGCGAGGAAGAUUUACAGAUUCCUUCACAGAAGGGAUAAGUAGUAGUUGAUGUAUAAUAAGUAAACAAGAUACCAGAAGCGGCAGUUGUCUCCACGUGACUACAUCCACGUGACUGCAUACACGUGACUUUUUGUAGAGG